GUCGUCAACCAAAUUGAUCCUAAAUAUUCGAUUACAAAAGUCACUAAUCAUGAGUUCAGUGCAAAGGAGGAUGAUUGGGGCUUCACUUCAUUCAUGCCUCUCUCUGACUUCCUCGACCCAAAGAGAGGCUAUCUCGUGAAUGAUGCAUGCUUAGUUGAAGCUUACAUUGCCACCGAUAGGACUAUUGAUUUGCUGUCAGAUGCAUUCAUAGUUGAACUUGAAACUGCUUCUGAUAAACUCAAGAGCAAGGAAGCUGAUCAUGGUGAAGCAGCCAUAGACAACCAAACACCUACAAUAGUCAAACCAGAGGAAAUCACCACUCGGUCAUCAGCUAUCCUUUCAGCUCCUGCUGUUCUGUCUUGUCCAGGGCAAGAUAAGGCAAAAUCUACCAAUCAAAAAUUGCCAACUGCAGAUCAGUCUUCUUCCCAGAGCGAGACCAUUGAACCUGAAGACCCUACUGAGGAAGAUAUGGACACAUUCUUUACUAGCUUAGAGUCUAAGCUCGCAAGCAGUCACAUUGUUUCUUCUCAAGAAGAAGCAAAGGAAGCUCUGGUCAACAUAGAUGCAGCCCUGAAUAUGGCCCCAGCUAACUUUUAUGAUUCAGGGAUGAUAUCUUCACUUAAGAAGGCUUUCAAGGUCCUAUCUAGUUUUGAUUGUUCCCCUACCUUUACGAUUGAGCAAAAAAAUGAGUUGUUGGCCAUGGAGGAGAACUUUAAACAACUAUCUGAGCGAGUAGUGAAAGCAGUGCAGGACAAGAAUCUCCUUACUGAGAAGGAAUCUGUGAAGCUGGCACUUACUCGUAAUUUAGAGGAUGGUUUAAUCAAAUUUAAAGAGGCCAAGGCAGAGGUGAAACAGGUAGAGCAAAAACUUGCUGCCCUCCAUGAGCUAGUUGUUGAGGCACAAAAGAAUAAAGAAAACAUCUUGGCUGAGCGGAAGGAAAUUUUCAAAAUUUCCCAGGACUUGAAAGCGCAGCUGGAUGCAUUGGGAAAGGAAUGGCCAGAGUAUGUGGCCAAGGCCAAGGUUGCUGAGGAGGAGGAGAAAACCGUCGAGGCAGAAUGGGGAAGAAUGAAAGACUUCAUCUCUUCUCUCAAAGGAAAGAUUUAAGGAGAACAAAUUAGCUGUUGUAGAAUGGUAUUUGAGCAAGUCUUUCUAAUAAUAUAUUUGGUGGAUGUGCAUGAUGUAAUCGUUUGAACAAGUUCAUAUUUAUCUAAGGAAAUUCCUUGUUUCAUUUU